UCUAACCACUGCACCACCAUGGCUUGUUUUAGCUAUGGUCUGCUAAACAAGCAAACUGCUGGGUUUAAAUAUCAUACUAUCCAAAGCCAAAGCAAUUAUUAGUUCUGUCUAUGAGUUUGCUUAGAAUAUAUUGUAAGAACUUUCUGUAUACUUCAAUCUAUUGAACAUGCUAGAAUGCUGAAUUCAGAGUAGCUGCCAUUUUGGAUUAAUAGAAACUAGAAUGCGUAACAACCUUCAAUAAACCUUGCUUACAAAGUCUAUUCCUGGUUCCAAAAUGUCUUAGUAUUUGAACUACAUGGUGGAAUUGCUAUUUACAAAAGUAUAUUACAUGAAUUAAGCAAAAAGCAGCCUGUCUUUUAUCCCAGAAAAGAGUGUGAACUUAGCCUGAAUACCACUUCUAAAUUCUCUCAGAGUAGAGGAAAUGGCUUCAACAUUUAGGUAAGGAAAUGGCUUCUAGAGUUUCAUUGGAAGAAGCCACAACACCUGAGUAUUGCAUGAGCUAUAAAUGAAGCCAAUGAGAGGCCCCAGGACUUGGUUCCCACCUGAGAGAAUUCCUGAGUAGAUGCUGAGAACGAUGGAGAAUCAUCUAAGAAUAUGGGUGUUGUUGCUUUUAAUCACUGGUGUUUCUACUCAGAACUCCUCAGUUUCAGUGUCAUGUGGAAGCUCGCAUCUAGUGAUCAUCGUUCCUGUGAAUCUCUUUGGGACUGGUGUGAUGGUUAAUGCCAAUGAACUCAUUCUGGGAUCUGGCUGUACAGUGACAGCUGUACGUCCAAAUGUUCUCCUGCUUGAAUAUCCUCUCUUUGCUUGUGGAGCCACCAGACAACUCCUUCCAGGAAGCAUCCAUUAUAAGAACAUUCUCCACUAUGUGCCUUCAGCUCCAGAUGGGGUGAUCAGAGCCAAUCCAUUCUCCCAUGCUAUAAACUGUUUCUAUCCUAGGUCCUGGAAUGUGUCUUCGCUUGGACUCCGUCCUACCUGGGUCCCUUUCACUUCUACAGUGAUGGAGCAUCAGAGCCUGGUGUUUGCCCUGGAAGUCUAUGACAGCAGCUGGUCACAACUGAUGCCUAACCCUACUUACUAUCUCGGGGACUUCAUCAACAUCCAGGCAUCAGUAAGAAAGGAUAACCAUGUUCCAUUGAGAAUCUAUGUGGAUGAAUGUGUCGCCCGGCCAAGUGCAGAAUCCUCUGUGAAAUAUGAAGUCAUCACAAAUCAUGGAUGCUUUGUAGAUGGGCUCCAAAGUGGCUCCCAUUUUCUUGCCACGCGAGAAGACUGGUUUCUCCGUUUCCAGCUGGAUACAUUUACCUUCAUUGGAGCCUCCAACGAUCAGAUCUACCUCAUCUGCCACUUGAAGGCAGUACCUGUGGGCUCAGCAAACCAUCUCAAUAAGGCAUGUUCCUAUGAUCAGACGACUGCAACUUGGAACUCUAACGAAGGGGUUGACUGCUCCUGUUGUGCAGAAUCUCAUACUGGCUGUGGCAGCAAAAGAAGAAAAAGGAGACAGCAGCAGAGGAGAGGAACAUUUGGAGAAGGAGAGCUCAAACUUGGUCCCAUUGAACUGAAAGGGGAGCAGACCCACACCUCUUUGCAGACCCACUCCAGAAGGACCUUGGAGCUGGUGUCCAUUGUGACCAACUCUGCCCCUACUGUAUCCAACACAUCUCCUGCUGCUGGGCCAUCGCUGAACCAGAUGGCGAAUAUUAUCGUAAGGAAAGAAGGAAUGAAAGAAGAUGUCUCCAGAUUUCAUUUCCCCUUUUCCACUGCCACCAUGGUCAUAUCAGUUGCCUGCUCCUUCAUUGUCUUGGUGUCCAUCCUGGCCUGUUUCUACUCCAACAAACAGGCACGCAGAAUAUACCAAAUGGGGAUGAUCCAGCCAGUUCUGGGCGAAACUAGUGCUGUGGCCAUGGCGCCUGCAUCAGCUGGAACAUCUGGUGCUGGAGCCUCUGGGCAGUCCAGCAUUGCUUCUAAGAAACCCGAUGACCUAGUAGCUGUAUUUUAGAAGGGCAAACCACCUCCUUUCUGGAUAGCAAAUAUUUAAGAAAAUAAAGA